AAGCUUUUCUUGAUGCAACCCACAGAGGGUCACCUGUGAGCUCUCAAAUCUCACUGACGUUGUCAACACUCGAGGGCACCCCAUACUUUGUUAUGUCCGCACAGCAGCAGUCAGCGAGCAUUGCUGUUCAGCAAUUGACUCUUACCAUUGUAUCAUUCACUCUUGUGGUGUACGAUCAUGCUAUCACAUUCGCUCAAGAGGUGACUUUCUUUUGGUCCAGUCCAUGGUCACCGUCAAGAAUACUGUAUUUAAGCAUCCGAUACUUGGCUCUCGCGCAAGUUUGUCUCACUGCUCUGGCACAAAUAGGAGCAGCCAAGUUCUAUAACUAUCCGGUGAACUCGGCUGGUGUCCUACAGUGGACUACGCUGUUAGAUUAACAGUCAUGGUUCUAUGCCAAUGUCAGUCCGUUGCGCAUCGAUCGAUAU